AUGAAGCGCAAGCUGUCGGAUUCCGGUCUGGAAAAUGACCAGUCACUCGCUUCGACCCCGAAGAGACAGCGGAAGACGCUGGGGCAGACCAAUGGCGCUCGAAAUGGCCAUGCGUCUAACCCCCCAGUCACGAACGGCGAUGCCUCCUACGAGCUCCCACGCGGCCAGUCCACCCCGAAGAAAGCCAACGGCGUGACUGCAACCUCAUUAAAAGAGUCUGGAUUGAAGACACCCACCCACAAAUCCAAGGCCAGGUCUCUAUUUGCAACUCCAACAAAGCCCAAGUCCGUUGCUGCGGCCACGCCGACGCGCGCGAAGAACGCUGACCGGUCGGCGAAGAAGAAGAGUGCCCGGGUGUUGUUCGAGCAGGAUGAGGAUGGCGCUUGGGAUGGGUCGGAGCGGCUUGCGGAGGAGAUUCUCCAGGAUGAUGAUGCCGAAGCAGAGAAGUUGGGCGAGCCCGUAACGGAUAGUAUCGAAGCAGGCGCAGAGCAGCCGCUAGCAAAGGACACAAAAGCACCCAAGCGCCGCGCAGGUCGACCCAAGGGCGCUCGGAACAAGCGUUCCCCAACGCCAGAGGGCGAACUCCCGGCGCACGAGCGGUACUUCUUCCAGAACCGCGCCGGUCCCGUCAAGACGUCCAAUAUGACCCUGAACAAGGUCCCGCUGUUGACACACGAGGAGUAUUUUGAGAAACUGCGGCAAUAUGUCGACCCAUGCCGGGAUGAAAAGGAGUACUUGCUUGCCCUACACCAUCGCUCAUUUCCGCAGUGGUCCUUUGAGUUCGACGAAGGGUUUAAUAUCUGUUUGUUUGGAUAUGGGUCCAAACGCAAGCUCGUGCAGCAGUUUGCCGACUGGGUCUAUACCUACCGGGGUGUGUCCUCCACGCCGCCUGCCAUUGUCAUAGUCAAUGGCUACACGCCGGGCAUUUCGAUCCGGUCGAUCUUCGCCACGAUCGCCACCGCUGUGCUGGGGGACGAGCUGCCCGCCAAGCUUGGCUCCCAGCCCACCGAGGUGCUGGAGCUGCUACAGUCGGCUCUGAAGACUCGCCCGGCUCAUGAAGAGCCCGUCACAGUACUUAUCAACUCCGUCGACGCUCCGCCUCUUCGGCGUGCGGCCAACCAGGCCCUCCUUGCUCGUCUGGCCGCCACGCCGCGUGUCCGCCUCCUUAUGACGGCCGACACGCCCAACUUCCCGCUCAUGUGGGAUAUCAGCGUACGGGACCAGUUCAAUCUCGUCUGCCACGACUCCACGACAUUCUCUCCUUUUGCCGUUGAGACCGAUGUUGUCGAAGAGGUUCACGCACUCCUUGGCCGCAAGGGCCGUCGGAUCGGCGGAAAAGAGGGUGUGGGAUUUGUGCUUAAGAGUCUGCCCGAAAACGCGCGGAACCUGUACCGCCUGCUACUGACGGAGCUGGUGUCUGUAAUGGAUGACGGCCACCAGUCCGACGAGGAAGCCCCGGCCGACGGAACUGGGGGCAAGAGUCCCGAUGAAGUGGGUAUUGAGUUCCGUCUGCUCUACCAGAAGGCCACGGAAGAGUUCAUCGCGUCUUCCGAGAUGAUGUUCCGUACGCUGCUGAAGGAGUUCCACGACCACCAGAUGAUCACGUCGCGCCUGGACGCGAGCGGCAUGGAGGUUCUGGGGGUUCCAUUGUCGCGAGACGAGAUGGAGGGCGUGUUGGAAGAUUUGGUGCUGGGAUAA